CUUCCAUGCCAAGAGGAACUAAGAACAAAUUGGUAAAAAAAAUUAUACAAUAUUGAAGUUGUAGCAAUUACAACAAAUUUUGCAGCAUCUAGAAGGAGAUGUCCGCCUUCAUCAACAGCGUCACCAAAGCCGUCGACCGCGAUGACAUGCUCUGCGACGACACUGUUAGUCACCUCAAUUCCUCGUCUCCAGGUUGUAGGGGCUCAAACGAAAGCUGGAAUAGGAGAGUAAGACUGAGCACUUACAGGCGCAGAGGUGAGUGCUCUGUUCAGUUUCUCAUGAAAUCUUUCCUGCAGUUGAAAAUUGGUGACUUAGAGGUAGAUUAUGAGGCUGAAGAAAUUGCUUCUAUUGUCCACACAACAUUAGCUGUUGAUAAGGAGUUUGUGGCAUUUUCUUAUUUGGUUACUUUGAAUGAUUUGCUGACAGAGGUGCUAGAUUUAUUUCUUUGGAGCUCUUGUUCUUCGCGAAGACAUUUUCGCCAAAAUCCCAAACUUGAUCUGCAAUAGAAAGAUAGAAACUUGAAGAAAUAUGUUUCUCUCUUAAUAUUAAAUUUAUGAUGUGCUUUUCCUUUACUAGAGUACUGUAGGGCUCUGCCAUAUUGGUAUGUAGGUCAGGAAGUUGAAAUACUAUGCAUGUAUUGUCAAUUACCAAUGAUGCACAAAGAAUUCGAAACUUUGUCAUGUAUGUUUUGUAAAGAAAUUAUGUAUCAGA